CGAACUAUCCUCCUCUAUCAAUCCAGGACCGCCAUUCCUUGAGCGAGAUUCUCGGUCAACCCCCUUCGGAGCCGUUUUAGCCUGCUUGAAGUUCUCAUCGGCUCAAUUCGAUCGAUUUUGCUCGCGUUCUCUUGACAAGGCUGCCGCCACUUUCGGGAUCCUACGUUUUUGACGUUCCAAAACGCUGCAGGUCCUGUCUUGACAGUUUGUGCCGCCCAGCUUCGAAGCUCUGAAUACUUUUGUCAACACUCUAAAAUGCCACAAGCACCAUUAGCGUCAAAGGAUGGGUCACUGUUUCGACAGGUUCUAAAGUGUUACGAAACAAAACAAUACAAGAAAGGCUUAAAAGCUGCUGAGGUGGGUACAAAAAAGGGUUUUUUUUCCGGCAAAUGUUUUGUUUAACACCAGUUGCUAACGCUUUCUCCACGCGAUCAGCAAAUUCUCCGUAAGAACCCUAAGCAUGGGGAAACUCUCGCCAUGAAAGGCCUCAUUACAAACUCGCUUGGGCGGACCGAAGAGGCAUUCGCAAUAGCUAAGGAGGCUCUGCGACAGGAUAUGAAGUCCCACGUCUGCUGGCAUGUCUAUGGGUUGCUCUACCGGUCCGAGAAGAACUUCGAGGAAUCUAUCAAGGCAUACAAAAUGGCGCUUCGGUUCGAGCCGGAAUCCCAACAAAUACUAAGGGAUUUAGCGCUAUUGCAGGUUCAGAUGAGAGAUUACCCAGGUUACGUGGAAUCUCGAGGUAAAAUCCUUCAGGGGCGCCCGCAGCUCCGACAGAACUGGACGGGGUUGGCGGUUGCGCAUCACCUUGCCGGAAGUUACGUCGAGGCUGAGAAUGUGCUGAAAAAGUACGAGGAGACCUUGAAGAACCCCCCGAGCAAAGGAGACAUCGAACACUCCGAGGCGUGCUUGUAUAGGAAUGCAGUGAUCGCUGAAUCGGGCGAUGUCUCCCGGGCCUUGGAGCACUUGGAAUCGAUAGCUAAGGUUUCAUUGGACAAGAUCUCUGUGAUGGAAUACCGAGCGGAUUAUCUUCUUCGAUUGGACCGAAGGGAGGAGGCAGAAAAGGCGUACCGGGCAUUGCUAAACCGCAACUCGGAAAAGAGAGAGUAUUAUAAGGGUCUAGAGCAGUCAAUGGGAAUUGAUCCCAAGGACCGAAAGGCAAUGAGGGCGGUAUACGAUGAGUUUACUGAAAAGAAUCCCAGGAGCGAUGCCCCACGGAGAAUACCGUUGGAUUUCCUGGAGGGUAGGUUAUGCUGCCAAAGCUGUGUCUGCCAAUAUACUGACCGUUAGAUUAGGGGAGGAUUUCAAACAGGCAGCAGAUGUAUACCUUCAGAGGUUGCUGAAGAAGGGGGUCCCAUCAACUUUUGCAAACAUAAAGGCUCUCUAUGCAGAUGCUGCUAAGCGGGAAACGAUUUUGCGACUCGUGGAGGGUUAUCUAGCGUCCAUGGGAGCCGGGGAGGAAGCGCCAACAAAUGGUGAAACCAAUGGCGAUAAAUCGAAGCCGUCAGAGUUUAAGCUGUGGACUCUUUACUUCCUCACCCAACAUUACGACCACUACCGAACCAGGAAUACUACCAAGGCCUCAGAAUACCUUAAUCAGGCACUAGAGCUUUCACCCGGCACGCUGGAGCUACAUAUGACCCAGGCACGGAUAUACAAACACUCCGGGGAUUUCCAAAAGGCUAUGGAGCGGAUGGACCAAGCGAGGGAAUUGGAUACUAAGGACAGGUAUAUUAAUACCAAGUGCGCCAAGUAUCAACUCCGUAAUGACCGCAAUGAGGAUGCUUUGAAGACCAUGAGCCUUUUCACCCGAGUAGGUCAUUCCUUCCAUCACCCUCAUUUCUCAGCAGUGCCAUGAUGAUCCAGUCUCUAACAGAGCGGAAUGGGGUGAAGAAUGAUGCGCAUGGCGGUCCGUUGGGUGACCUGUUGGAGAUGCAAUGCGUUUGGUUCAUCACCGAGGACGGCGAAUCCUAUCUUCGUCAAGGAAAUCUUGGGCUUGCACUUAAGAGGUUUCAUGCUAUUCUGAAAAUCUUCGAUGACUGGACCGAAGACCAGUUCGAUUUCCACUCUUUCUCUCUCCGGAAGGGUCAGAUACGCUCUUAUAUUACGAUGCUACAAUGGGAGGACACCCUCCGCUCACAUCCAUUUUUCGUAAGGGCUGCUUUGGGAGCCAUCAAAGUGUACAUCAUGCUUCACGACAGGCCGCAUCUUGCUCACAGUUUGCUUUCGAAUGGGAAUGGAGAAGGUACUGACUUUGAGGGAAUGUCUCCCGCGGACCGCAAGAAGGCCCUCAAGAAGGCUAAAAGAGAGCAGCAGAAGGCACAGGAAAGGGCUGUAGAGCUAGCUGCCAAAGCCAAAGAGGACAAGGCCAAGAAUGCACAAGUUUCCAACGCUGAUGGUGAAAUGAAAAAGGAGGAUACUGAUCCUCUUGGGAAUGCCCUGGCACAAACGAGGGAGCCGCUGGAGGUUGCCAUGAAAUUUCUGACACCACUUUUGGAAUUGAGUCCUAAAAGGGCUGAGGUCCAAUGUGCUGGGUUUGAGGUCUACCUUAGAAGGAAGAAGUGGCUGCUUGCCCUUAAGUGCUUAAUUGCUGCCCGCGAGAUCGAAAAAGAAAACCCUGUUGCCCAUGAACAGACUAUCAGGUUUAGGCGAACUGGUAUGUUUCUACUGUAGAUUAUUCGGGCGGUUUUGCUGAUAGAGAUACUUUAGUGGAUUCCCUUGCCGACGGAGACAUCAAAGGGCCCUCGAGGGAGGUUCUGACAGCGGAGCUGGAGAGCAUACUCCCAAAGGAAACGGAUCUGAAGUCCUAUAACGAGGAGUUUCUGAAUUCGCACAAAAACAGUCCCGAGCACGUACGCGGAGGUUGGCAUUAUAUUACUCCUACUCAUGAGGUGCAUCCUAUACUAACCUUGAUCGGCGCUCAGCUCUCCGAGCCCGUCACUUGCUUAACCCGGAGGACGCCAACAUCGCCGACGAGCUGGCAAAUACCCUCUCCCUCGAAAUCCUUACCCUCAAAGAAGCGAUAGAAGGUCAAACUCUCCUGACGGAUCUGAAAGCAGGGAACAGAGAUUACAAUCAAAAGGCAUCUGAAAGAUUUCCGGACGCUGUCGCCUUUCAAACAGCUGCCUAGAAGCUGUGGGUUUGUGAUAAGUAGGCUGUAACAGUGGGUGGGGGUUCUUCUUUUCUCUUUUCCUCCUUCCAUUUUUUUUUUUUCCUCUCAAAAAGUCUAAGCUUAGCUAUCUAUGGGUUGUGAGGACAUACAAAAAGUUGCCGGGGACAAGGUUGUAACAUAAGGUUGCGGAGUGCGGUGGUGUUUGGGACGGAUACAAUGGAAACUUGAAACCAGACCUGGAGGAAAGGCUGUGGAAUAGCUGCACUUCGCGGAAAAUGAUAUGAUAUGCCCUGUAGAUUUCUACCCUUUCUGUGCUUAUUUCUGACUUGAACGCGACGUGGGUAAAAUAACAGGGUAACCGGCAUGCUUGCGCAAUCGCCUUGGGAAGUUCAUAUUUGAUAGAAAGCCCAGGCUCUUGAUGGGGAAAAUUUUAUCCCCUCACCUCCUCGUACGGCACGGCACCCCGCAGGAUGAGCUCGAAUCGAGUAUGCAGCACCGUAGCAGUAGUAACAAUGAUCUGUGGUGGUUAGUAUUUUGCACUCGGUUGAGAAAUGUUUGCACAGUCUAUGGAUGUGUCACUACGAUACGAUGACGGGAUACCAUGCUAUGCCGGUAGUAAGGCAUCGAUAACAGUACCUGUAGCCUAUCACCGGUCUCCGUCCAAUACCUUUAUUAUGCUAUGGUGAUAUCCUGUGCUGGUAUGGUACGGGUAUUGAGUUCAAUUGAUUUGGCCUGAAAUGCAAAUGUUAAGCCGGAUCCUUGUAUAUGGGCUGAGUCGAGGCCUUGCCCGUUUAGCUUCACAGUAUCACUCGGACCGCAAGUUCCCGCCUUUCGAGUCGAUAAACAAGAGUUUCCGUGACCGCGUGUGAGCCCAUUUUCAGACAGUCAAAUAUUUCACAAAUACUUGUAUCAUAGUCAGGUUGCGAUACGAGGCUGUGUCAAGAAUCGCUACGGUGCCGUAUCUUAUCUGAUCUCUCCUCCACCCUCUUUACCCCUACCGGAUGUGUUUGUCGCGCCCCCGUCCAAUCACGCGGCAGAAGAUCAAUCGACUCACGCCAACGCUCCUAACACACCUCCAUCCAACCUCCUCUCUCAACUCAUCUAUCCGCCGCCUUCCCUCCCAUCAACAACACUUCACUUCCCCUCAAACUUUCCUCACAGCACUCACUGAAGUCACCGCCACCGCCUCCGACACUCAUCCAUUUGGAAACUAAACACAUAGAAUAUCGGAGAAAACAGCAGAAAGGAAGGGAACGUUGUCCAGUGGAAGAGAAAAAGGGAGCGAAAAAAGAAUACAAGAGAGAGCGGAACCUCAUCGUGUUGACGGGGUGCCUCCCUUCUAUUACCGCGGAAAAGAGGUGGAAGGGAAAAAGAAAACAGGACACAGAGGGUCUUCUUCUUUUUUCUUUUUAUUCGUGGGAGCCUUCUUAUCGUCGUCUCUCUUUUUUUCUUCUUUUCUUGUCGUGAGAAAAUAGCUAGAGAUUUGCACACGC